AUGGCAAGUCACUUGCUUGAUCCUGAAGAAGAAGGAGAGUAUGUAGAUCGCAAUUCUCCGCAUUCAGAGAGCACUUACGAAACGGAGAGCCCAGAGACAUGUGGGGGUGGUUACCCGACUCCCGAAGAUGAAAGCGUGACACGCUGUUACUCUGUGAGAAGUCAAGAACUUGACCAGGAGCAUAUCGUUACCUGCACAUUCUCUGUCUCCUUGGCUCUUCCACUUGUAAUCCAAACACCAAAGAACUGGUCUAGACACGAAACUCAAGGAACAACAACACCUAGAACACGAGAAGGAAUUAUUCCAAAAAUGCAUCGUUAUUAUCAUAUUGAAUAUUUUCUUCUGCCGGAUGACACUGAUCCUCGAAAAUUAGAUGUGGUCUUACUAGGCUCAUUGGCAAGGCUAUAUUUGGAAACUGAGUCUAGGGCUGUGAAACCAUGGCUUGAGAAUGACCAGAUCUGGGUUUCAUGGAACCAUAGUGUUGAAAUUAAUGUCACCAAUGACUUCCUAAUGAAGCUAAGGGACCACAACAUACAAUUGAGAGUAUGGGAUCUCAAGGAAAAGGUGUGCUCAAAAGCUAGAUUUGGUAAACAGAAGCCUACUGUGCCGCAUUCGGAUCCAGAUUUUGAAGCUCGUCUUCCUUCAGGUAAAGUCAAGCGUCUAGAGAGUGGGUCUUACACUGCUGAACGUAAAUCCUUCCCUAGAGGGAGUACUGCCCACAGUACCACGAAAUCUGAAGAAGAUAACCGAUCAGUGAGAUCAUUCGCUAAAGAAGCUGCUGCUCAAGCAGCAUUUGCAAGGAAAUUUGGAAUAGCAUUUUUGCAGCUUAACCUCAUGCCCCUACUCACAGGAGAAUGCUAUGUGGCAAGUCAACUGAGAGAGAAGUCCUUUAAAAUUUUUGAUGCAUACAUAAGCUUCUCAGUGGAUAAGGCACUCUUGACCGAGAAACAGAAACGAGAAUUGAACCCACUGAUAAUCAAGAUUAAGUCAGCAAGGGGCUUACCAGCCACUCCUGUUCCAAUUGAAGUGUUGCAGAAGUCAUGUGUUCCUGUUUAUUGCAAAUACAAAUUCCAUAACAUGCCUCCCCAUCAAACUCAGGGUCGAGAUCAUGGAACUGAAGUCUUCUUUAAGGAUAUGAAUGUGAUUCUGAUAGGCACAUUAAAACCUGGAGAACUGAGUGAAUAUCUCAGAGGGCCACCUCUGGAAAUUGAAGUUCAUGACCGAGACAAGAAAAUGGAAGCAAUCAAAUCAAAGCCUUCUUUGUUUGGUGAGGAGCCAGGAGACAGCAAAAUCAGUAGUUUGAGUUUCAACAACAUCAGUUUUAGAUACAUGCUUAAGAGUUCUGUUUCAGAAGAGAUUUGGCAUCCUUAUGGGGUAGCAAGAAUCAGCCUGGUUGACUUACUGCUGGGUGAGAAGACCUUGAAUUUCAUUGUACCCAUUCAGAACUGCUCAGUCCAGGAUACCACUGUUUGCCAGGGAGAAAAUAUUGCUGAGAAGGAUAAGGGAGGAGAUGGCUCCCAAGUUAUCCAGUUACCGAUGGGCCAUUACGUGAAUGCAGAGUCACACCUUAAAGUGAGGGUUGAAAUAACUAUACCGUUAAGUCCAGAGGAUGACUUAGAUGACUCCGAAACCACACAUUGCCCCUAUGGUUGCAUCAUCUAUAUUUUUGACUAUAAAAAUACAUCACUCUUAAGUUACUUGCUGGAGGAGAUUACAAAAAUUAAUGCGGAAGCUCUGCAGCUUGAUCCUUAUCCCGUGCCCAUAAUUCUAAGAUCUCUCAAUACUUUGAAACUAGACCAUAAACUUCCUUAUGAAGACAUUUCUCAAUUGGAUAUUAUUACUGGAUUUCACAUAAUGGAUGGGUCCAUUCAUCUAUUCAUCUUGGAAGGCCUCAAGAACAAAGGACUUAAGAAACUGUGGAAUAAAAGGAUUGAUAGAUUGCAAGAAGCUAAACGUGGAAGAUUACAAAUAUUCUAUAACUCACAGCUGUCUUUUCAUCAACGCCUGUACACAGAUCUUGAAGCUAUUGUGUAUCACAUUCGCCUCUGCAAGUCUCUCACUACUAUCAUGAAGCAGUCAUUGCUGUAUAUCAGGGAUAUGGUUCCUCAGCCAUGUUUUGAAGCUUUGAUCAGGCUUGAUUACAUCUGCCAGGUUACAAAGUUAAGGGAUGUGAUCCGUCACAAUCUUUUGCCUUCUGCAGAAAUGAUUACAAUACUGAGCCGAGAGUUUGGCAUUCCUCUUGGUAAAGAUGACCUAUUUAUUGAGCAGUACACAACUAUCUCAGAGAAAUUUAGUAUUCCAGUCAAGUGUUUGCACAAGAGACGAGAUAUGCGUUCCCCUUUGGAUAACCAGAAUGAAGAGUACAUACUGAGAAAAAGAGAAAUGGAAAAUCGGACUCCACAAGACUAUAUUCAGGGUAAUAUUGAGAACUUGAACCUGCUCAACAAAAUGAUGAGAAGGGAAGUACCCCAAACCGUCCGGGCUUUUCCUUCUGAUGGCAAGUCCAUCUUCAACUACAGUUGUCAGGCCUUGAAUUCUGCAGAAAUUACAAAGAACCUCCUUCGACUGGAGAUGGCAAAGGUUCGAGAACAGAGAUUUGCUUACAGUCAUAAUUAUCUCUCUGGUAUGUUUGCACCGGUGGAUGAAGAUAAUGCACGGAAGGAGUCCAUGGAGCUGUCAAGGAAGAAGUGGCUCUCACCAGAAGGAUUUGUAUGCGCCGGAUUUAAGAGCAGUAUUGAAUCUAAUUGGCAUCCUCGUAUGCCAGACGAGGCACGGCAGAUGGAGCUAAAAGAGAAAUGGCAAGAGAACUUUUUCAAUGCUGGGUGGUUGAAGCCAGUUCUGGAUCGAGAGAGAUGGAGUUGGGACAAACGCGAUGAAGAUUUUGAGCUUUACAAAAAACCACCACUUCCUGCUGUGACCUUUGACCCUCACAGAGAAGAACCGAAGAAAGAAAUCUGUUGCAACACUGCUCUGAAAGUCUAUAGGCGCUGCCCAGCCACUGAGCUCACUGAAAGGGGACCAAAAGCCAGCUGCCAGCUUGACCGUUUCCAUGGGCUUCUAAAGGACAAACCUAUGAAGUUGGCCCUAAAGAUGCAGCCUACUCCAGUUACAGAGAAAUUUGAUGAAGUGGUAGAGGUCAGAUAUGGUAAAGGAUAUGUUCCUGGAGAUGAUCCUCACCUAGGCUUGAUGGCAAAUAUCAAUAUAAUUCCAUGCUAUGACCGGCAACACAAUGUAUUUAAAACUCUGAAAGGAGCUGACUUCAGGUAA